AUGGAAGAUGUCUUCUCUCGAUUAUGUGUCAUUCGUAUAGUCCGCGUUGGACCAUCGAUUAAGUUAUCUCUAGCCCACCAACAACUCCUUGCAAUGGAUGGUCCCACUGUCCCUGUGUCUAGUUACCAGAGUCAAUUGCCGGAGAGCUCAAUCGCAUGGAGUAUAUGGACUAGUCGCAUGCCUGGUCCCGAAGAUACAUCUUCAAGCUUAUCAAUAUCCCCCGCUACCAGCUAUUCCACUGUGUCCGUACCAGCCCCGAUUUCGAGCUCAAACCCUAUACAAGUGACUUCUCACAAAGAGUCAGUGGGCCCCAUCGCUGGUGGUGUUGGCGGUGCUAUAUGCAUCUUUCUCAUUGCGCUCGCAUUUUACCUUUUGCGACGGAGAACACGCAAAUCCAGGGACGCCCCUGAGAGGCCCAAGAAAGGUCACUCAGUGCCUCCUUGGAGGCUGUAUCGCACGAGCGAAGGGCAAGCUCACACACUUGGCGAAGAAGGACACUCACCCUCCAUGCGUCAAGUCCCCGAGCUUCAAGGUUCUGAAUUUACAGGCGAAUCGCGCGAUGCAUCACCAUAUCGCGAUGAGCUUGCGCAUGAAACAAGGCCAAGGCCACACUCUCCCACUCCACCUCUAUCAUCCGCUAAUGCACCUGAAGACACGGAUCCAUUCGGCUCUAUUGCCUGUAUGACCCUUCGAAGCUCAGACGUCUCCAUCAUCGAGACCAGUGUCGGCCUGUAUCCCUCCAUCUCGUGGAGGCCGAGCGCAAAUCAGCAUCAGGAACAUCACCUCGAGCCACGGCCUCUCCUUCCGUCCCCUUCUCUGCCGCUGCUCAACCGCCCUUUGUCCAGUGGACAGCUUGAAUUCAUUCACGGCCUACAUCAUAGCGGGAUGCCUACCGAAACAAUUGCGCAGGUAAUGGGUCGCUUAUUGGCUGGACGGCAGGUACAGAGUGGUAUCGGAGCGCCGGAGUGGAGGAUGGAAGAACGACCGCAAAGUGACCAGUUGGAAGUUGGAAGCGUUGCUGCUCCAUCAACGGCUGGUAGUGGUGGGGUGUGGUCUGUGGCGCCACCAAGCUAUAGAACCCAUGAGCCUUGA